GCUCGGUACGCAUGCGCAGUGCGCUUUGAAGUCUUGUGACUGGCACAGUUGUCAAGAUGUGGCGGAUAUCGGGGUUCCUGGGAAGGGCCCUGAACCGCUGUCAUGCUUCCAACAUCCAGGGAUGUGUCCAUGGAGAGACUGAAGCUUUAAAUCCCUCAUCUUUGAUUCCGCUUGGUCAGAAUGUAGGUAGUAAAAGUUACAGCUCUCAGUCAUCAGGUGCACACAGGGGCCAGAAUGAACAGAAACAUAAGAAAAAAGGGAACUUUCAGUUCUGCACUGGUCAGCUGCCGCAGUAUACUGUACUGGAUGCUGUUGGAGUGGGAGCCGCUGCUGUGUUUUUCCUGCAUUUAGCUCGUCAGGUGUCAUUUUACUGCUCCACCAGUAAAUCUCAGGAAGACCGGUGCUCGCGGCGUGAAGACCUGUGCUCACGACGCAAAUACCUGGAACAGAUUUUCUCAUCUGUCUAUAAGUACAGCAGGUUGUCUGUCAGCAGUCACAUUUUGCCAGGGAGUGUCCAGUCUAGUAGCUGGAAUAGCAUUCAGUUGCAGAAUGAUGCCGCUCUGCAGCAUGCGGAUGUUUCUCUUGAGAGUGCAUCUUCAGCUUCCUUUAGUGAAAAUGACCGUCUCCAUCAAGUGUCUGAGCAAGCAAAUUCAUACUCUAAUGACCACCUUGGUUAUUUACAUGAAUCAGAUCUUAGUUCUGAGGAGAAUACAUCAAGACCUGUUAAGAAGAUUCCUGGGGUGUGUGAUGUUAAUAUCUCAAGGUGGGACAGGCAGCUGAAGGUACUGGAUCCAAAUGAAGACCAUGGGGAAUCAAUAAACCGUGCUGCCUCUCGAUUGCUGGAUUUGACCGAGACCAGCAUGCCUACAGUGCUGAACAUAUUUGGGAUUAUCAGUGCCAGGGACAGUGCUGAUUACAAAUCCGCUUUCCGCUUCUUUCAAGAAUCUGCAGAGAGUGGCUACAGCAAGGCCCAAUACAACACGGCUGUGUGCUAUGAGAAAGGAAGAGGAGUGGCCAAAGACAUGACCAAAGCAGCAGAAUAUUAUCGCCUAGCAGCCAGUGGAGGACACCUGCUUGCCAAAUAUUAUUAUGCCCGCCAUUUGCUACAAUCUAAUACUGAGGAGAGACAGUCAGCAGUACAGCUGCUUCUAGAUGCUGCCCAGGCUGGUGUGAAAGAGGCUCAAGCCUAUUUAGGCGUUUUCUACAGUAAAGAAUCUCAUUUUGAUCCCCAGAAAGCUGCAAGAUACUUCUGGAUGGCAGCUGAGAAUGGAGAUGUUCAAAGCCGCUAUCACCUGGGAGUGUGCUAUGAAAGAGGAUUUGGAGUUCCAGAGAGCCGAAUGGAAGCUCUGAGACAUUAUGAACGGGCUGCAAAAUCAGGACAUGAGCCAGCUCAGGAGAAAUUACUGGAGAUGCAGCAGACUCAAGAGGAGGAUCUAAGCUCUCCCGUGAACAGUCUUCGAGCCGCAGCCUCCAGCCCCUGUCUUCCUGUUUUGGAGCGGACAAACUUCUGGACAAAAGCCACCUACGCUGCAAGGAGCACAAACAGCCUGAGCCUACCUCACUCAAUGAGCACUGGGGACCUGUUAGUGAUGUCCCCUGCUAAUAGUGGAAGCUACCUCCUGCCACCUAUCCAUAUGACUGCAAUGACGCCUCCAAUGGCCUCUCUCAGAGCCAUCGGGGUUGGCUGAAUCUCCCUGCAUUUGAAAGCAGCACUUACAUAUUGCAUCUUAGAGAAGGUGGUAAAGUUGAGUCUUUAUGUUCUCAAUAUUGCAAGCACACUCUAUUGCUCCUGAUUUCUUACUGACAUAACAUUAGAGGAUGCAUUGCCUGCUCGC